AUGACUGUGAGGGAAACCUCAAGAUUAUGGUUGUUCAUUGGCAGAUUCCUCCUGGAUCCUGUUGUUUGGAGAGAUGGGAAUAUUAUUCUUGGAAUUUUGAACCGCACUAUCCACAGACCAAGGUCACAGCAUCCAAUGGCUGUACAUUAUAAGUUGCAUCGUUACACAUUGGUCAACACUCCAGAAAGAGCACUCUAUAUCCUAUCUUAUGAAAGGCCUGCAGGCGUUGUUGAAACUGAGGCUGUAUUUGGGGCUGGCCGACGCCGACGCCGAGAGGGUGCUAGCCGUGGCCGAGGCCGAGGACGAGCUGCUCCAGGCCGUGGCCGAGGCCGAGAACAACCUAGUCAUGAAGGCCUUGUGGAUGAAGUUGAAGGUGAAGGCUUUGGUGCUGAUGCUGGCAGAGGACGAGUUGAAGAUGAUGAUGCUGUGGGAUUUGAACUACUUGAUCUGAGUCAACCAAAUUUCAAUAACCUCAGCCAAGAACUGCUUCAACUGCAUCUAAUGGCUGACUCUAAAGAUAUCUCUCUAAAGGGUUGGCUAAGUGUAGCUAUUUCAAGUGGAAUGGAAACUUUGCAAUACGAAGAAUUAAAGACUCAGUAUGAGAAGACGCUAAGGAGUUGCAUGAUACCAUCAAAUUCUUACUUGCAAUACACAUUGAUCCGAGACGGUGGUAAUCUGGAACACCUCUUAACUCUCAGCAAGAAAUCGCAGACCCUUCUGUGUAAGAAGAUAACUCCAGCCAGCUCGGGCGGAGGAGGAUUAGAUGAAAAUGAUGAUCUGAGUCAACUGCAGCCAAUGACUGUCUCUAAAGAUAUCUCUCUAAAGGGUUGGCUAAGUGUAGCUAUUUCAAGUGGAAUGGAAACUAUGCAAUACGAAGAAUUAAAGACUCAGUAUGAGAAGACGCUAAGGAGUUGCAUGAUACCAUCAAAUUCUUACUUGCAAUACACAUUGAUCCGAGACGGUGGUAAUCUGGAACACCUCUUAACUCUCAGCAAGAAUUCGCAGACCCUUCUGUGUAAGGUUUGUGGAUCACCUUCUUUAGUUGCAAGUCGUAAUACGUCAUUGUCUUCUAUAGCUCUUGGACAAGCUGAUUCAUCCUAA